GGCAAGACUAUACACGUCAUUUCCGCUGGUAUAAUGAGUGACAGGCUACAUCUCAUUGCACAUCACAUCAACAUUUGAAAACAGUGGAAAUGCUGACAGAACACAGUGUCUGUGAAGCGCGCAUCGUCGCACGCAACGCAACGCGGCAGCGCGCACGGCAGCACUAACACCAGGCACGCGGGCUCCUCCCGUUUGGCUGCUGAGGCUGAGAGAUGCUGGAGGAUCGCGUCGCCCGGCUCGGACCAGCUCGGACAAGCUUAGAUCACACGGAUCAGAAGCUGCUUUCUGCCCGUAUGAACAUGUCAGCAGGACUUUGAUAUUUUGUCUUUAUCUUUAUCCUGGUUCUAUUGUUCCUCGGAGGCUUCGUGGCUUUAGAGAUUGAUCUCAAAUGGCAUCAGUUUAGUCUACGCAAAGUGCCACGCAGCAGGCCUGCUCUCUAGAAGGGGAACAGGAGGACUUGACGCACGGGCUGGUGAUGCCGGACUGUUCCUGACGCCUGGCUCAGGUCAGAUAUUCCUCGGCGAGGUCCUCCUCGGUGAGGCCCUCCUCGGCGAGGUCCUCCUCGGUGGGCUCCUCCUCGGUGAGGUCCUCCUCGGUGGGCUCCUCCUCGGUGAUUAAGGGAUGUUGGCAUGGCCGCCUCGGGAGCAGCGAAGAGCCUCAGGACAGAGAAGCUGGACGAGGCGCAGGCGUCGGCCAGGAGCUGCGCCGGCAGACCGGACUUUCUGCCGUGCGACGGACUCUCCGUCCGUCACGGAAAGUGCUUCAAGCUGCACUGGUGCUGCCACCUGGGCUGGUGCCACUGUAAAUAUGUCUACCAGCCCAUGACGAGCGUGUGCCAGCUGCCAAGCACAGUGGUACCCCCGGCCUCCACGGAGCACAGUGCCACCAUGGAGCUGUCCGUCUCUCUGGCCCAGCGCUUCCUCAAGCUGGCGCCUUGCUUCCAGCCGCCGCCGCACCUGCAGUCACCGAGGUACUGCGUCAUCGCCGAUCUGUUUGUCGACGACUACAUCGUAAAGCGCAUCAACGGCAAGAUGUGCUACGUACAGCGCCCGCCUCCGCGUUUACCGGACCUGCCCCCCUCCAUCGACCCGGCUGUGCCCGGCACCCGGCCCCCGCCGGCACCGGGCCCUCCGACUCCCCCCUCGCCCACCCUUGGCCCUCGGACCUCCUCCGCCCCGGGACCCCCUGGGCCCUCCAGCCCCACCCCCCAGCCUCACGGACCGCCGCACCAGCUGAAGGGCCCCUGCUCCUCACCCUCCAGCUCCGAAGACUCUGGCAUCAACGCCCUGGAUGUGUAUUGCCUGGAGUCUUGUGAGGAGGAUGAAGAGGAGGAUGAGUCAGACGAAGAUGAGUUGAGCACGGACGGAAACUCCAGCCUUUGGGAUAGGGACGAGUGCUCGCUGCUCUCUCCCUCCAAAUCCAUGAUAGAGAUCAUUGAGAAGAUGGAGACCACUGUGUGACUCCAUGGAAGGCACCACCACCAGGGAACCCUGCACCGCCUGGGGGAGGCACCACCACCACCACCAGGGAACACUGCACCGCCUGAGGGAGGCACCACCACCACCAGGGAACCCUGCACCACCUGGGGGAGGCACCACCACCAGGGAACCCUGCACCUCCUGGGGGAGGCACCACCACCACCAGGGAACCUGCACCUCCUGGGGGAGGCACCACCACCACCAGGGAACCCUGUGUCGGAGAUGGACCUGUAGGUUAUGUAAGGCGUUCUACUUCUACUUUGCAGUUGUGGAAUGAUUUGGAACCUAGAUGCAUACAGAUGAGCAGGAAUAGCAGGAAUGUUUAGGUUUUUCUUGAAUCUUCUCACACAAACACUUUCCUUCGCCCCAUGACUCCUUAUCUUCCCUAAAGGAGUUACUGUUUUCUUACCCUAACCCUAGCCCUUUACUUCCUGAAGGGAGAUUUGUUUAUCUUACCCUUACCCUAGCCCCUAUCCUCCCCUAGGGAGAUGGUGCGUCUUACCCUUGUCCAUCAAACACAUGCUCAGUGCACUCAAGGAACAUUUGCAUGAUGCUCAAGAAACACAGAAACAAACACAGAGCAUGGACUGGGAAGAUGAUAAAUACACAGCCCCUUGACAGCAAGUGCCCGUGGGCACCUUUUUGUUAGCUUGGAGUUAAUGUAACACUAGAGCAAGGGUUGAAUGAGGAUAAGACCUUGGUGUUGAGAGAGAGAGAGAGAGAGAGAGAGAGAGAGAGAGAGAGGGAGAGGGAGAG